AUGUGCACUAUCUGCCGCCAAUUCGUGGACAUCGAGAAGGCCCAUGAAGUGUACAGCGUCCGUAUUUUCUCGCUGGACUUCCACUUCCACAAGUGUUGCGUUCAACGAAUUGUGCUGAAGGGUGCUCUCGUUGUAGGGGCUGCCGCUCUUGGAGCGGGUCUCGCAGUAUACAUCGCCCCGGCCAUCCUAGGGCUCCUCGGUUUCAGCGCCGCUGGUCUAGGGAGUGACAUGGGUUAA